AUUCCUAAGUACAAAGAGACCACACCAUAAAACCUACUUAAGCUAAGACUUAAUCAAGCUAACAUCUGUCAACGCUAAUUGUUGUUUAAGCUAACAUAGCUUAUAGUAAACAAAUAUAACAAUUGAUAAAUCCAACUGUAAAUUAGUCUAACAGUCAUCCAGCUGAGUUACUUAGUCUAAUAAUUAAACAAGGUGUAUAAGAAUUACUGAAAGUUAAUUUAACCAGCAUCUAGAGAGAAGCAACUGCUGAAGCUAACUUAAGGUUCAGCCAUCCCGGUGGGCAUCGAUGUGCAGGUGGAGAGCAUUGACAGCAUCUCUGAGGUCAACAUGGACUUCACCAUGACUCUGUACCUGCGUCACUACUGGAAGGACGAGCGGCUGUCGUUUCCGUCCCACACCAACCAGAGCCGGACGUUCGACUCCAGGCUGGUGAAGAAGAUUUGGGUUCCUGACGUCUUCUUCGUCCACUCCAAGCGCUCCUUCAUCCACGACACCACCAUGGAGAACAUCAUGCUGCGGGUUUACCCCGACGGAAACAUCCUCUACAGCGUCAGGGUGACGGUAACGGCUCUCUGCUCCAUGGACUUCAGCAGUUUUCCUCUGGACACUCAGAACUGCUCUCUGGAGCUGGAGAGCUAUGCUUACAAUGAGAACGACCUGAUGCUCUACUGGAAGAACGGGAACGACUCUCUGAGGACGGAUGAGAUCGUUUUGUCCCAGUUCUUCAUCGAGCAUUUCCACGCCUCCAGUGGCCUCGCCUUCUACAGCAGCACAGGUUGGUACAACCGACUCUUCAUAAACUUCAUCCUGCGGCGCCACAUCUUCUUCUUCAUGCUGCAGACGUACUUCCCCACCAUGCUGAUGGUCGUCCUGUCCUGGGUUUCCUUCUGGAUCGACCGCAGAGCUGUUCCCGCCCGCGUGUCUCUGGGUAUAACCACCGUCCUCACCAUGUCCACCAUCAUCACCGGAGUGUCGUCAUCCAUGCCUCAGGUGUCGUACGUGAAAGCUGUGGACAUCUAUCUGUGGACCAGCUUCCUGUUUGUCUUCCUGUCUGUCAUCGAAUAUGCUGCCGUCAACUACUGCACCACCCUGGAGGAGAUGAGGAAGAUGAGGAGGGGGAAGAUCCCCUCCACCUUCAACGCCAGCCAGGCUAUGGCCUUUGAUGGCUGUUUCCAUGACAACGACAUCGAGCUGACCACCUUUCCUCGGAUUGCGCCAGCACUGACCUCUGACCCCCUUACGGCCCCGAGCCCGAACUCGGACCUGCGGCUGCCGGAGGGGACGCGUCUGCGGCGGCAGCGGUCGGUGCGGGAGAACGUGGAGCUGCUGGUGAACAACAGCUACAUGAUCGACUCAUACUCUCGCCUGGCCUUUCCGCUGUCCUACCUGCUCUUCAACACCGUCUACUGGAGCCUGUACUGCUGACCGGAUCCAUGUUGACUGGAUCUGUGCUGCACAGUCUGCAGGAUGAGUCGGACUGAUUCAAUCAGCCAAAUGCUUAACAUCCUGACAGCACAGCAUUUCUUUAUUUGGAUUUUUUAAACUGUGUGUUUUCUUUUUGUGUUUUGUCAUGAUCAAAUGUUAUAAUAUUUUGUGUAUAAGAGCUAAAAUAAAGUUGAAUUCAUGU